AUGGGCGCGCGGUGGGAUGUGUGUGCACUGCUGCUCUCCACAGCGUUGCUGGCCGCCCAGGCUUUCCCCCAGACAAACAUCAAGAUCAGCCAAGCCAUGCCUGAGCCCGUCCACGCCUACUCCUGCCCUCUCUUCUGGACAGAGUACGAAGGCCAUUGCUACCGGUACUUCCCCAUCAACAAGACCUGGGCUGAAGCUGACCUCUAUUGUGCCGAGUUCUCCAUUGGCAUCCGAUCAGCCAAGCUGGCCUCCAUCCACAGCUGGGAAGAAAACGUCUUUGUGUACGACCUGGUGAACAGCCGCGUGCCGGGCAUCCCCACCGACAUCUGGACAGGGCUCAAUGACCUGCGGCAGGAGGGUCACUUCGAGUGGACGGACGGCUCCUCCUUCGACUACCACUACUGGGACGGCAGCCAGCCAGACGACGGGAUCCACUCGAUCCCCGAGGAGGAGGACUGCGUGCAGAUCUGGUACAGGCACAGCAGCGCGCUGCGCUCGUGGAACGACAAUGCCUGCGGCAGAGCCUUCCCCUUCGUCUGCAAGAUCCCCUCCCUGGCCCUGGACUGA